UAAAGUAAAUUCUUUCCCUUCUUUCCUUUUCUCACAUUGGUCCAUCAACCUUGUUACAAUUCAAGCUUCGUUUUUCUAUUUCUGUAUCGAAUAAAUCCCAGAAGUUACAAGAGAAAGGUUCAAACUUUGCUCAAGUAAAGUGGUAGAUCUGUUGAUUUCCUUGUCUUCUCUGCUGAAACAAUGAUGGAGAGGAUGGGCCUUGCAUUUCUCUUUCUUUUCAUGGCUCUUUCUGCUUCUGCUUCUUCUGCCACUGUUUUUUCAGAGUCUGUCUUCGAAUCUUACGUUUCCACUGGCAGGAACCUCCUUCAGGCCAAGAAAGGUUUUCUGCUCUUUCUUCCCUUGCCCACUUUUCUGGGUAUGUUGCUGAAAGAAAGUUGAUGUUUUGAUUAUUUUGGAGUGAUAUUGUUGGAUGGUUUAGUUGCAAAUCUGAUGUUGAUGCAGUUCUGCUUGUUUUAGAAUACCCUCUUGUAUUGAGAAAGAGAAUUUUAUUUGUUCAUACUCACGUAUGUUCUAAUGUUCUUCUCUGAACAACACCCGAUCCCCAUGCAUCAUGUAUGAAUUGAAUCUAAAUCCUUAGUUGGAUCAAGGAAUACAUAUGUUUUUUCUUUUCUGAGAGGUCACUCUAUUUGAUGGUCAAUGCAUUUAUUUCAUCCUUGAUUUUGCUAUUUCCACAUUGUCACCACCCCUGGACCUGGUCUCACGGGUCUUAGUUUAGCGAUCUAAAGUAUGCCUUACAGAUCCACAUCACUGAUACUUAGGAUAUUUGAUUUGUUAGACAUAUAUUUUCAGAUUCUUCAUUGCUUGGUUAAUAAAUAAUGGUAAAGGUAGAGAAGUUGAUUGUCUUAAAAUCCAUUGUUGAAAAGCAUAGCUGAGAGUUUGGAUUAGUUCCAGCAUGAUUCAUUUCUAUAUUGCCUUAAAUGCAGCUUGCCCUGUCAACUUUGAGUUCCUGAACUAUACAGUCAUCACAAGCAGAUGCAAAGGACCUACUUACCCAGCUGCUAGCUGUUGUGCAGCAUUCAAGGAUUUUGCCUGUCCAUAUGCAGAUGAGAUUAAUGACCUCACAACUGACUGUGCUUCAACCAUGUUCAGCUACAUUAAUCUUUAUGGGAAGUACCCUCCCGGUCUUUUUGCUAAUGAAUGCAAAGAAGGAAAGCUAGGACUUGCCUGCAAUGCUACAUCGCCAUCCCUAUCACAAACGGCAAGUGGGAGUCAGUCAAUCUGCAAUCCAUCUCCUCUGCUAAUGGUCACAGUUGGUUUCUGUGUGUUAUUAUUCAAGUUAUUGUGAAGAACCAGAUGUCAAUUCUGUUUGUUUCAAUUCUUGAUUUAUUUUUUCUUUUGGAGCACAAUGCUGUCUAAGGGUUGGAGAAUCCAGUUUUUUCAUAUCGAAGGUUGUCGGCCUAAGCUUUUCAAUUCUUGAUUACCAUCAUAAACUUUGUAAUUUAUAUGUAUGAUUUGUCUUAGUCCAAAUGAGUGGAUUUUGUGUUGGUUCCUGCAUUUAUGGUCUGAGAAUGUACCAAAGAGUUCUCUCUAUGCUCUGCUGGGUUCCUACUUUGUUUAAUAACCAAAUAAACAAAGUUUCUCUCA